CGAUCACAAAACCCUAGCGCUUUCUCUUCUCAGUUCAGUACCCUCUCGCCUCCUCUUUGGCCUUCAACAAACCCUAACAGACCUGAAAAAUGCCGUUCAAGCGUUUCAUUGAGGUCGGGAGGGUCGCUCUCGUGAACUACGGCAAAGAAUAUGGGAAGCUUGUCGUCAUCGUCGAUGUCAUCGACCAUAAUCGAGCUCUGGUGGAUGCCCCUGACAUGGUGAGAUGCCAGAUGAACUUUAAGAGGCUCUCACUCACUGAUAUCAAAAUUGAUAUCACAAGGACCCCAAAAAAGAAGAUUCUGAUUGCAGCGAUGGAGGCUGCUGAUGUUAAAAACAAGUGGGAGAACAGCUCCUGGGGCAGAAAGCUGAUAGUGCAGAAGAGAAGGGCCUCUCUUAAUGAUUUUGACAGGUUCAAGCUCAUGCUGGCAAAGAUCAAGAGGGCUGGUUUGGUCAGACAAGAACUUGCGAAGUUGAAAAAGCAGAGCGCCUAAGCAUAAAUUUAAUUCAAAUACCGAUUCUGUUAUGAAUUUUCCUGUAGUUGUACUCUGGGAUUGUUUUUUGGCUGUUUUUAUUGAUUUCGAGUUUUGAGGGCAGAUUAAGAACGCUGUUUUGUAUUGUGACACAAAUCAAUGCCUUAGUUUCACUAAUAGUUCUAUUCUGGCUAUUUGUGUUCUUCCAUUGUUCUGUUGAUCUGUUUCUGAUGAAUCAUUUGUCUUAUGAAUCAGAAACAUGGACAACUUUACGUUGCCAAUUGGUGCUGCUUAGUUGAAC